GCCCGGCAUCCACUAUCUACUUCGGCUUGGCUUCGCGAUUCGCUCGCUCCCACCACAACAACCAAAGCUGAGCUGACUCGCUCCGGCCACGCCGCAAAUGCUCACCUCCUCGCUCCCGCCGCCCACCGUCCCGGGCUCCAAGCCCAGGCCCGCGGCGGCCACCUCCGUCUCCACCGCUGCCACCGCCGACGCCGCGGUCGCUGGUGGCCGGAGCGGGAGCGGGAGCGGGAGCGGGAUCGGCCGCCUCUCCGCGCUCAUCCGCUCCCUCUGCUCCGCAGGCCGCACCGCCGAGGCCGCGCGCGCCCUGGCCGACGCGGGGGACGCUGCGGGCGUCGUCGCCUACAACGCCAUGGUCGCGGGGUACUGCCGCGCAGGCCAGCUCGCCGCCGCGCGCCGCCUCGCGGCCGCCGUCCCGGUCCCGCCCAACGCCUACACCUUCUUCCCCGUCGUGCGGGGGCUCUGCACGCGGGGCAGGAUAGCCGACGCGCUCGAGGUGCUCGACGAAAUGUCGUUCAAGGGGUGCGCGCCCAUCCCGCCAAUGUACCACGUCAUCCUCGAGGCCGCGUGCAGGAGCGGCGGUUUCCGGAACUCGGUGAGGGUCCUCGAGGCGAUGCACGCGAAGGGAUGCACUCUGGACACCGGCAACUGCAAUCUCGUCCUCAAUGCAAUCUGCGAGCAAGGGUGUGUGGACGAGGCUGUGGGGCUGCUCAGGAAGUUGGCAUUCUUCGGGUGCGAGGCCGACAUCGUUAGCUACAACGCGGUGUUGAAGGGAUUGUGUAUGGCCAAGCGGUGGGGAGAUGUGGAGGAGCUCAUGGAUGAGAUGGUUAGGGUGGACUGCGCGCCCAAUAUCGUGACGUUCAACACCCUGAUUGGUUAUUUGUGCCGGAAUGGGUUGUUUGAGCGGGUGCACGAGGUCCUUGCACAGAUGUCGGAACACGGAUGCACACCUGACAUCAGAAUGUACGCGACUAUCAUCGAUGGGAUCUGCAAGGAAGGGCAUCUGGAGGUUGCGAAUGAGAUUUUGAAUAGGAUGCCUUCGUAUGGUCUCAAGCCUAAUGUUGUUUGCUACAACACCGUGUUGAAAGGCCUGUGCAGUGCUGAGCGGUGGAAGGAAGCUGAGGAAUUACUGUCUGAGAUGUUUCAGAAGGACUGCCCCCUUGAUGAUGUGACAUUCAAUAUUCUUGUUGAUUUCUUUUGCCAAAAUGGGUUGGUCGACAGGGUGAUUGAACUUCUUGAGCAAAUGUUGAGCCAUGGAUGCAUGCCGGAUGUCAUCACAUACACAACUGUAAUCAAUGGAUUUUGCAAAGAAGGGCUUAUCGAUGAAGCUGUCAUGUUGCUUAAAAGCAUGUCAUCAUGUGGAUGCAAGCCAAAUACUGUCAGUUAUACUAUUGUACUAAAAGGUUUGUGCAGCGCCGGGAGAUGGGUAGAUGCUGAGGAACUGAUGUCUCAAAUGAUUCAACAAGGUUGUCCUCCAAAUCCUGUUACAUUUAAUACACUAAUCAAUUUCUUGUGCAAAAAAGGGUUGGUUGAGCAGGCCAUUGAACUUCUUAAGCAGAUGCUAGUGAAUGGAUGCAGUCCUGACUUGAUUAGUUAUAGUACGGUGAUUGAUGGACUUGGCAAAGCUGGCAAGACGGAGGAAGCACUCGAGCUACUAAAUGUGAUGGUCAAUAAAGGGAUCAGCCCAAAUACAAUAAUUUAUUCAUCAAUAGCUUGUGCUCUAUCUAGAGAAGGCAGAGUUAACAAGGUUAUUCAGAUGUUUGACAACAUUAAAGAUACCACAAUAAGGUCUGAUGCAGUGCUCUACAAUGCUGUUAUUUCUUCGCUUUGUAAAAGAUGGGAAACUGAUCGUGCUAUCGAUUUCUUUGCUUAUAUGGUGUCAAAUGGAUGCAUGCCCAAUGAAUCUACCUACACUAUGCUUAUUAAGGGUUUAGCUAGCGAGGGAUUAGCAAAGGAGGCUCAAGAGUUGCUGAGCGAGUUGUGCUCUAGGGGAGCUCUAAGGAAGCACUUGAUGAGGCAUUUUGGAAUUGUAUGAGCUGAUAGUAUUACUGGCUUACUGCCAAAUGCCAGUGCCUAAUGGUUUUGGCAUUGCCAGCACAAACUUGCCUACUUGAAGCUACGACAGCUCAUGAUGGUUCGUAGGUGAAAGCCUAUAAGAGAGUUCCUUUUUUUUACCACAUCGUAUAGCAUACCUUACGGCUUUCAUGCAGUUUAUUACAGUGGCAUACGUAAGUUGACAAUCCAACAUUGUCUCAAGACAUUUCUUUGCUAGCAGCAUCUUUCUUAUUAAUGUUGUUGAAGACACUGAGAAUUCAGAUUCAUUGGAGCUUUCAGAGCUUUGUCAUUAUUGCUAAUUGAUGUAUCAGAAGGAUCUACUUAGCUGUUUUAUGAAUAUUGUAUCAGAGUAUUAUCUAACUUUCCAAUUUCAUUACAAUAGUAGGAGAAACCGUCUUACAUAUAGAGCAAUUGUACUCAAGAAAAUGGAAAGCAGAAAUGCGAAGAGAAUCUGACUAGUGCAGUAGAUAAUAAUUACAAACUUCCCAUUGAAAUAUUGGGCUUUUUGGAGAUUCAGAAUUUAAGGCCAGGUGAGUUUGUUGCU